UUGUGUUCUAGUUGUGAUGGUCGCCGUGAGUGUCGUUUUAUCGUCAAUAACGAUUUCUUCAUCCAUGAUCCAUGUCCGGGAACGAAAAAAUACUUGGAUGUCACCUAUACUUGUGCUAUAGAGGGUAAGAUGCUUGCUUGCUGUUGUUUUGCUGUGAUUGUAACCACAACUACAACUACCACUACAACCACUACAACAACUACGACAUCGUCGACAACUACGGAAAUCGAUGAUGACGUCAAGAGGGACAUGGGCGCACAAUCUGCACCACAAACAUGCGAGAAGACGUCUAGACGAGGAAUCGAAUGGCCGGCUACAAUCUCUGGAACGACAGCCAGCCGACCGUGUCCGGAAGGAACAAGGGGUGAGUAG